AAUUGGUUGGUGCUUUGGUUGGUCUCGUCGACAACGUUCGCGUUUUUCUUUUAAAAAUCCACUUGUAACUAGAAAACAAUUCCUGUUCCGUCUCGUUGUUCUACGUGUGUUUUCACGUUCCAGGGUUUUCUGUGCGAAGGUCGAAUGAUUAUUUUUUCUGGAUUGUAAAUAACAUCCACAACAGCACAACACUCGGGUCCAAGGUUGACUCAAAGGACUAUUACUCUAGGAUACAGUGCUUCAAUUCUUAGCAACUUAGCGUCGGAACUUCAAGAGUGAACACAUUUCCUGGAUAUUCAUCAGCCCAUUCUGUGCCGUGUGCUGCUGCCGGAAGCAGGGAGCGCGUGUGUCCUUGGACUUUCAUGGACUUGGCGUGUGAAGCGUGUGCGUUGGAGGACUACUCAAAUCGAUCUAUGAGGGAGAGCCGCUCCAAAACUCCAGGAAUUAACGGACGGUGCGAAAGCGCGGACAAUUAUGCUAAUGAGUCAAGUGUUGUGCCGCGCGGACUGUGACUACGUCAAUUAGUGUAAACAACACACAUCACAACGCAUGUUUGUUGGGUGGAAGGUGGGAGGCUUGCUACUAGCUUUGUUGGAACGCGCUAAACGUGUUGAGAAUUUCGUACUCUGCACAGUCAAUCGCUGCCAGCCAGUCAUCGGUAGGGAAGCGGAGCGCGAAAUUUUUGGCUCACCAUAUUCGAAGCAUAUAAAGCGAGGAUAAGAAAUAAAGUGGAUUCCCGAAAAAAAAACAACAAAAUAACAACAGCGACACACUGCUGUGUUGCUCAAUGUGUGUUGAGGUUGCGAUCAGGAACAUCAAACGAACCAAUUGUGGAUGAGUUAUUUCAACUGUACGAGGGAAUAAUAAUAAAUGGUGAUUCUAUACAGCAACAGCAGCAGCAGCGGCGCAAACAGGUUUCACAGGAGCAAACGAUGUAAUUGCGAGCGUGAUAAAAAUAAAUUUGGGCUCUGAAUGGGGGAAAAGCGAUUAAAUCGAAGAGCAGAACAGUUUUCAAAGUUGACAUUGGACGUGAACCUGCUCACGGACAAGCUGGUUCGGUUUGGUGGAGAAAAGUGUGUUUGAAAUGAGCGCGCAGAAGGCCUUGAAACCCAAAGGAUACGUCCAAGGACCAACGUCAUAGCAACAACACUCGCGAGCCCCGACGUGAGAGCCCUUUUCAGUGACUGUGUGACUGUGGCAGCAACAGCGGCAGCAGCAGCAGCAGCACCAACUCACGGCAUGCGAACUGUGCCGAACCACGCUGCCAGUGCCAGUAACCGAGUGAACUGCUGCUCCUGUGUCAUACCCGAAAGGGAAUGGCAGUUUGUACAGUCUAUUAGUGCUCCACAUUGUGCGAUGGGUGGUAAUCCCAGUUGAGCAUGUAGUAGUGAGUGGCCAGUGGAGCAUGUUGUUUUUGUUUUAUGAGUGUUUUUCUCUGCCUCUCAGUGUCAGUGACACAUAUACACGGCUUUUGGGUUUCGUUCUGUAUUUACGUGCUCUCCCUCGUUCAAUGUUCACCCAAGCGGGCUGAGUUGUUGGCUGGCUCGGUGUGUUUAUGUGCUGGUUUUAUUUUGUGUUUUAAUGCGUGAUUUCCAAGUCAAUAGCACUCUGACAUCGGUGUGUUUGUUUUGGUAUGCACACAGGCGGCAGAUCUUAUUUUGAGUUUCCGAAAAUAUUGACCUUGAACUCGCGCGCUCGGUUCGCUCAUCACAGCAAGCGAGCAGGAAGGGGAGUCGAGAAAAGCAAAGUAGGGUGAAAAUAUUCGAUUUAUCCGUGCCUACGGCAAUGUGGUGGUGAGUGAGGUGAGAAGAGAAAAAAAACACUCGCAAUCGUGAGUGUGUGUGUUUGGAUUAUAUUCGCCGAAACGAACAGAGGCCAAGUUCAGCUGCUUUUUCGACACGAAAUGCCUCUAAUUUAUCAAUAAUUUUGUCGGUUACGAAGGAGUGAGAAAGCAAAGGAGUAUGUAGAACAGUGUGUCGUUUCGUGACAGUGGAGCAAGUGUUGAGAGUUUUUCAAAAAAAAAAAAAAAGAAAUAAGAAAUGCAGUGCUUGGAUAAACUUGCACAGGACGAGAAGGAUUCGCUGGAGAUAAGGACUUUCGUGAUUGGUGACAACCAGCGAAUAAUGUAUUCACCGCGCAGUGUGGAUGCGAGGAAGACGGUCAAACUGGCGAUAGCCGUUCCUCAUAUGGCAUCGGCGUCAUCUUCGUCCUCCGUGGUGACCUCCAAUAGCCAUCAUCAUCAGCAACAGGACCGUGCCAGGAUUCAAAUCAUCACGAAGCCCUCGAACAAACCGUGUGAAAAUGUGGCGCCCAUACAAGCCCAAGAAGUGCACGUUAUCCGAGAUGGUCGCUUCUAUGACCUUCAUCAUAACAACACUCCUUCAUCCCACCAUCCGGACUCUCCCCAUCGUCCCAUUCUGCCAUCUUCACCGAAUCCUAGCAGCCUUAUCAUAACAAACGGUGCGGGUGGGGGCGGCGAGAGUAUUUCGAGUCGUCCUCCACCUCCACUGCAUCUUCCCACCGCUGCCAAUACUAUCAUAAUCGAUGCUUCUUCGCAUUCUGUGGUGUCCAGCAGUAAACAGCAUCUGCCUCCACCAUCCUCGACGCUCAUGGUUGUCCAGCAACAACACCACCAACACCACCAGCAGCAGCAACAACACCAUGUGACCUCGAUGCAGCCUCCUCCGCCUCCGCCACCUCCUGGUGCCAACGGGAGCAAUAAUAUGGGCGGGGGUGGCGGCGGAGUCACCAUCAUCCAGAAGAUGAAGAGCGCACACGAGGAGCCUUCCAGUUCGAUGCCUGAUUUGGAGUUUGACGGAACCACCGUGUUGUGUCGUGUGUGUGGGGACAAAGCUUCCGGUUUCCAUUACGGUGUGCAUUCCUGUGAAGGUUGCAAGGGCUUCUUCAGGCGCUCGAUUCAGCAGAAAAUUCAGUAUCGCCCUUGUACUAAAAACCAGCAGUGUAGUAUACUACGAAUAAACCGUAAUCGCUGUCAGUAUUGUAGGCUGAAAAAAUGCAUCGCCGUUGGAAUGAGUCGCGAUGCCGUCAGGUUUGGUCGGGUGCCGAAGCGCGAAAAGGCCCGCAUUCUGGCGGCCAUGCAGCAAAGCACCCAGAACCGAGGGAACCAGCGGGCACUGGCCACCGAACUGGACGAUCAGCCACGCCUGCUGGCGGCCGUUUUGCGGGCACAUAUGGAAACGUGCGAAUUUACCCAAGAAAAAGUCGGCGCCAUGCGACAGCGGGCUCGCGACUGCCCGACCUACUCUAUGCCUACUUUGGCUUGUCCAUUAAAUCCGGCCCCAGAGCUGCAAUCGGAGCAGGAGUUUAGCCAGCGGUUCGCACACGUUAUUCGGGGUGUGAUCGACUUCGCCGGUAUGAUCCCCGGCUUCCAGCUGUUAACCCAGGACGAUAAAUUCACGCUGCUGAAAGCGGGUUUGUUCGAUGCGCUGUUUGUGCGGCUGAUAUGUAUGUUCGACUCGCAGAUCAAUUCGAUCAUCUGUCUCAAUGGUCAGGUGAUGCGCCGGGAUACGAUCCAGAAUGGUGCCAAUGCGCGCUUCCUAGUGGACUCGACGUUCAACUUUGCGGAGAGAAUGAACUCGAUGAACUUGACCGAUGCGGAGAUUGGUUUGUUCUGUGCCAUUGUGCUGAUCACGCCCGACAGACCGGGUCUGCGGAAUGUGGAGCUGAUCGAGAGGAUGUACAGCAAGCUGAAGGCCUGUCUGCAGUCCAUCGUUUCGCAGAACCGACCAGACAAACCGGAAUUCAUGCAGGAACUGCUGAGAACACUUCCAGAUUUGAGAACAUUGAGCACUCUGCACACCGAGAAGCUGGUAGUGUUUCGGACGGAACACAAAGAAUUGUUGCGACAGCAGAUGUGGAGUGCCGAGGAAGAACUCGCCAAAAGUCCGGGCUCAAACACAUGGAGUUGUGAUGGCAAUAACGUGGAAGAUGUGGCGAAGAGUCCGAUGAGUUCGGUGUCAAGCACCGAAUCGGCUGAAACUACGUCCGAUUAUUCGCACACAACAUCUUCGUUAAGCGCUUCGGCACCUUUACUGGCCGCAACACUUUCGGGACAGUGCCCAAUCCGGCAUCGGGCCAGUUCCGGAUCAUCGGCUGAAGACGAUAUUAUCGGGGGCGCAGCGCAUCUCGCGCAAAAUGGACUGACGAUUACUCCAGUGAUACGUUCGGUAGGCGGAACUCACCAUGUGCGGUACAGGAAGCUGGAUUCGCCCACCGAUUCUGGCAUCGAAUCCGGUAACGAGAAGCACGAUCAUAAACCGGUCAGCAGUGGAUCAUCUUCUUGCUCCAGUCCGCGAUCUUCGCUGGAGGACCAAUCGGACGAUAAGCGUCACAUUGUGGAAAAUAUGCCAGUGUUGAAGCGAGUCCUUCAGGCGCCUCCACUGUACGAUACCAACAGCCUAAUGGACGAAGCAUACAAACCCCACAAGAAGUUCCGAGCAAUGCGUCAUCGGGAGAGUGAAGCCGAACCCGCUCCAAGCUCUUCGUCCUCAUCAACAAUUACACUUUCAUCACAUUCUCCCAAACCAUCAUCCUCGUCGUCAUCAUCGCCAAGUUCGGUGGCGGUGGUUUCGUCGCAUAGCAGCAGUUCGGGAGCAGCUCAAUCCCCUCCUCAGCAGCCACAAUCCCAACUUCACAUGCAUUUAACAAGGCCAAUGCAUCAAUCGCCACACCAAAGCCUUCAUCAUCACCAUCACCAUCUUCACAAUCAUCAGUUAACACCCCCCGCAAGCCAUCAUCAGUCGUCUUCCCUCUCCAGCACGCACUCAGUUCUGGCCAAAUCAUUGAUGGAACAACCAACGAUGACACCGGAACAGAUGAAACGUUCCGACAUCAUCCACAACUACAUCAUGCGGGAAUCGCAACAUGCUCAGCAUAAUCACCAACACCACCAGCAGCAGCCGCAACAACAGCAUCCGGAAUCCCACGGUCCGUACCGUAGUGGUCUGUUGGUGUGCAGUCCACGUUCGUCCUCCGUAUCGCCACUGACUUCGAGUAGCAGUAGCAGUAGCAGCAGCAGCUCGAAUGGGGGCUGUCCGUUCACCUCCUCAAACGCAAACGGCAGCAGUAACAGCAACGUCGUCGUCAACCGAUGGCAGAGUGGCCCAGCAAGUGUCAUCACCACGACUCGUCAACAGACGCCUUCCCCAUCGCUAAAUUCCACCGGCAGUGCUGACACUUCGUCCUCUUCCAGUAGUAGCUCCAGCUGUAGCUCGAUUCGCUACUUCCAGUCGCCACAUUCGACAUCGAUCUCCCCACCAGUAGCAGCGAUGGCACCGGCUAGCACGACCACCGGUUCGAUCGGUUCCCCACAACCCUUGGCAGCAGUGUCUGCUCCUUCCCCAUCACCUCGUCUGCUGGAGCUUCAAGUUGACAUUGCUGGAGGCACCGCAUCGGUGGGCCACACCGAUGCCCCGCUGAACCUCUCCAAGAAAUCCCCUUCUCCCUCGCCCGCCCGCAGCAAUGCCUCGGCGAAUGCCACCGCAACAAGCACCAUCCACAAAGUGCUACUGGAAGCAUAAGAGAGUGGAGUGGAGACACGAACCAACUCACAACACAACAACAAAAAACAAACAAGCAGAUAAAGAGGCAAAUCAGUUUACACACACAAACUGUACAAAGCUUAAACUGUAAGAGUAACAACUAUUAUUCUAGUAUGAUAGUAUUUUAUAACUCAAAGGCAGAAACAGAACCCAACUCAAACAGAAUGCUGCUGUGUGGGUGUGUGAAUGAUGUGAUGCAGGAGGAGGAAAUCAAUCUGGGAAUGGCAAUGAUGUGUGUAACACAAAAUGGAAAUGGAUGAUAUUUUAUAACAAAAAAAAAACAAACAAACAAAGCUAUAACAAAAUGAAGAUCUCUAUUUUCCCCCCUUAAAUUCUACUUUGAAGCGUUUGAAGCGUUUGAAGCGAACGAGAGUAUAGGAACAAAGCUGGCUGGCUGGCUGGCCGAGCGAAACGCGGCGGGGACAGAACCGGAUUCCCUCCCAUUUUUAGAAUCAUUGUGCGUGAAAUAAAAAACGGGAGUAUGCAACAAAAAAAAACAUAAAACCAAGCCAAACACAGACGAAAGUAAAAUACGUUUUAGCAGAUAGGGCAAAUGAGAACAGGGAUGCGACAAAGAUGUUCCAAUUAAAAUUGCAUCCAUUGAGAGCGGGCGGCGGAAGGCCCUUUAUCAGCAACAAAAUACCAAGUUUGAAUGAUCUAGCAUUACAUUCGAAUGGAACAAUAGGGAAGCUGUAAUUGUAAAUAGUUAUAAACAAACAAACAAAAACAACAGCCUCAAGAAGGAAUUUAUCGCAACAAAUUUAGUUGGUGGAGCGUAAUCUUGAGAAAAGAGAUCGGUCAGAGGGGGAAUGGAAGCAGGAUGUAAAAUUCCAAAUUUUACCAAACACAAUUUUCAGUGUGCUGCGAGCGUUUAUGUGUGUGUGUGUGUGUCAGAAUGUUUGAGGAAAUGAUUUGCAAAGAAAGAUAGAAAAAAACAAUGAAACUAAAAGUGAGAAGAAUUUGUUUUAAGCAAAGAUGAAUUACAGAAGAUCGUACUUUGAAGUAAGUGGAAUACACAAUCCGUUCUUAUUAAUUUCAUCGCAAAAGAGAAUUAUUAUUCGGAACUACUUUUACAUAAGGCUAGCAAGUUAAGUGACUCGAGGAGCUCUCCUUUUCCAUCCAUCAUAUUCUUGGGUGGAAAACUAUCGAUCAUUGAGAGGAAGGGAGCGAAUUAACGUUGUAAAUAGUGUAAUUAGAUGAUUAUUUUUAAUGAAACGUGCAGAUUUUUAUUUAUUGAAACACUUGCUUAUUAUCCUUCUUAUUAUUCUCCAUCAUUUUGUCUUUUGUGUUUUCCUCCAAAAAACAACAAGCAACUGUAAAUAGAAAAUGUUAAAUAUAACAUGUUAGGGUUAAAAAACACACACAUAGAUACACAAACGAGACCAAGUUUUAAUUUAAAACAGAACCAUUUUAAUCAAGACAAUUAGUUUUUUCCUUUUCUUAUUAUUAUGGUUAUUUUUUUUAUUAAAGGAAGCAGAAAUACCUUUAUCAAAAGUAUGACAUAAGGAUCAAUGAUUUUAAAAUAACACAAAAAAGAAUUAAGUUUAAAAACUUGAAUGCGAUCGCGGAAUAAAAAAGCAUGAAAAUGUGGAGUGAUUCUAUCAAUUUAUAUUACUACUGAGCAGAGAAUGAAAGCAAAUGAGAGAAUACAGAAGAGAAAUACAGAAAACAAAUCGUGAAAAAUGUGCAACAGUAAAAAAAACCUACAAGUGUAAGCAGGAAGGCAUAGAAUUAGAAGUAUAGCUGUGUAACUUUAAAGGAGAACAAUGAAGAAAAACAAUUGAAAAUUGAAGAAAAAAACACACACAAAAAAGAGGCAAAGCGGGCGAAUAUAAAAAAAUAUAAGCAAAAAAAAAAACAAAAAAAACAACUCAAAUUCAUAUUAUUGUAUUUAAAAAAACAAACAACCAUAUAACAAGUAAAUAAUACGAAAACAAGGAUAAUAAAAAGUAAGAAA